AUGUCCUUCGCGGGUAUAUCUACCGCCCAAAUGGCCGUCCAUAGGGAAGCUGGCAACUCAGUCUCGAGAAAGACUGAUUUGGAUAUUCCUUCUGUCAGACAGAUUCUUUCAGAUCUAUCGGAGGUUAAUUCCUCUUUACCACCCCGCACGGAAACCAUUGACUCGGAAGAGCAACAGGAGAUGUUGCAUGAAUUACGAGAGAUCAUUGAGAAGGCCCAGGUGGCUGACGAGGGUGGAAAGAGCUUCGAUCUCAGUGAGCUCCAUGCAUCCCUUGAAGAGGCCGAUGCAAGCGAAAAACGCGGGCGACGGGACGCCGAGACCCUGCAAAGCGUGAGGGCUACUCUGCAAAAACUCUGGGCUUGUAACUCCGAGUACUUGGUUCAAGCUGCUGAGAUUAUUGCAGAUGGUAGUAGAGAUCCCUCAUGGCGUGCUCCAUUUGGCCAGUCUGGUGUUCUGAACUUCUUUUUGGAUGUUGUUUCUUUGAAGGGCGAGGUUGAUACCAGCUUAUUGCUUCACUCUCUACGGGUUAUUGGAAACUCCUGUGCCGAUACAGAUGAGAAUAGGGAGAUCGUCGUCAAGGGAAACCAUACCCUUGCUAUCAUUCGAUACUUCCUUGAUCCAGACUUGAUCUUUGUUGCCAUUCCGGUCAUCUAUAACAUUUGCAUGGAUUACAAACCGGCACAUGCUCAGAUGGCUGCUAAUCGGGCAGCUUACAUCUUAUUGAAACUGAUCAAAGAUGGUGAGAUCGAAGAUAAUGAGGCCCUACUUCAUUUCUCAUACGAUUUGAUUGAGUUAGCCUCGGAACAAGCCGAAGGUAUUGAGAACUCUCCUGACGGAACAAUUCUACUCCUAAUGGAGCUUGCUGUUGAUGAGACUCUUGAUUUUGCGCAUUUCUCAUCAUUGGUAACUUCUCUUGCUGCUUACCUCGAAAAAGAAAAGUUCCAGAAUAUUUGUGUGUCGAACGGAAUGGUGGAAGGCGUGCUGGACAUCCUGCGCCAUUCAUUUUCGAUUGUAAUAGAUCCUUCUUUGAGCGAAGAUGUUAAGGCUCUCGCGCAGCUCCGCCUGAAAAUUAACCAGGCUUUGGCUGAGGUAUCGGCAUCACCAUUCUUUGCCAAAUAUUACCCCCUUGACUCCCCUCUUUCACAGACAUUGAAGUCAUGGGUGGUUGCAACCGAAGAUCAACUUCAGAUUUGCGCCUGUGUCAUGCUUGGAAAUCUCGCCCGGUCCGACGAGGUGUGCCAGGUGAUGGUUCGGGACCUCAAAAUACACGAAGAAUUGAUAUCCGUCCUUAGGGGCGAUGCCCGUGGUGCGGUCCUACACUCUUCGCUUGGUUUCCUGAAGAACCUUGCAAUUGCCGGCGACAACAGAGCCAUUCUUGGAGAAGCUGGCAUCAUCCCUGCAAUCUCACGAUUGUGGGCAUAUGAAUCUGUUCCGCAGGUUCAAUUCUCGGCUGCAAGCAUCGCGCGACAAGUGAUUAUCUCCUCAAUGGAUAAUAUUUCCCGUCUUCUAGCUCCUCUCUCACAUGAUCUUGAUUCUCCGGCUCACCAACGGACCUAUCUCUCCCUGCUCCUGUCUCUUUUCGAAAAAACAGACUCGACACCAAUCAAGACUGAAAUCGGACGGACAGUUGCUUCGAUCUGUCGGACUGUCAGCCCCAAGGCUCGCAGUGGCGAUGAAGAAGCAACGUCCUUGCUUGACCGGCUGUACAUCCUGCACGAGGGUGUUUCGCUACCAGUAGGGGCGAUGAUCACACAGACUCAAUGGCCUGUAGUGCGCAGUGAAGGCUGGUUUGCUCUAGCUCUAAUGGCGACAAAUAAACUCGGCUGUGCCGCUGUUGUGGACUGUUUGCACAAGACAGAGGUCAUCGAGUUGCUCAAGACGACGCUAGGCAAUGCCACUCACGACCAAGAUAACGCCGAGGAGGCAGACAAGUCGCAAGAGACCAAAGACCGUGACAACGCUUUUGUGCUUGUACAGGGACUGCUGACGAACGAGUCUGGUGCGCUUCCUACCGGUUAUAGAGAUAUGCUGGAAGACUUGGUGAAGGUCAAUGCAUUACAGUUGAAGGCUGUAAAAGAUGCUUAG